UAUCGGUUUCGAUGAUUGCCAGCUGAUUUGCAGGUCUUAUUCAAUACACACGCUCGCGAGCUAAAAUUCGAUUUGCAUGGUAAAUUGUUAAUGAAAAUGCUUCGCAAACAAUUUGUUAACUUGUCGCGCGUCUCAACGCACCUGCCUCGUAAUGUGAUAGCAUCCCAUACGGCGAGCCGCGGUGCAGAAAUGUCAACAAAUGUGGCACCGGCAGAAACGGCGACCGCACCUCCCCCCGUCAUCAAUGAGUUUCGGACUGCCGUAACCAAUCCCGGUGAGCACUCGGAGCUGCAUGUGGCCAAAUUCUAUACCAUACCCAUGGAAGAGAAGAAGCAAAUCUUUACUGGAGGCGGUUUGCCAAAGCAGUACGAGCAACAGAUAAAAACAUUUACAGAAGCCUGCCUAAUGGUGCGCUCUCCUGCCCUGGAGCUGCUGCAUUAUAUCAAGAAUGCGGAUCUGACAAAACCAGCGGUACGCUACGUGCUGUAUGGCGACAACGGCGUGGGCAAGACCCUGACCAUGGCACAUGUUUUGCAUUAUGGCGCACUAAACGACUUUCUGCUGGUGCAUGUGCCUUGGGCACCCAACUGGAUGAAACGGCCCAAGGAGGCGGCCAAUUCAGCCAGCCAAGAGGGCUUCAUUGAUCUGCCAUUCGAUGCCGCCGCCUGGCUAAUACAUUUUAAAGCGCAAAAUUCCAAACUUCUGCAACGCUUACAGCUAAAGACCAGCAAGGAAUAUGUGUGGAGCAAGCGUGAGAGCACGCCAGCUGGCGCUACACUGAUAGAGCUAGUGGAUCAUGGCAUUGCGCGAAUCAAGUAUGCCUCGGAAACGACAGCUGCGCUGAUCUCGGAACUGAAACAGCUGGCCACUGCCGGACAGUGUAAGAUCAUGGUGGCCAUUGAUGGAUACAAUGCCUUCUUUCAUCCUAUUACGCGUAUCUUUUCCGACAACAAGCAGCGUGUGUCUCCGGAUCGCAUUACUCUAACGCAACCUUUUCUAGACAUCACCAGCUACGACUGGACGAAUGGCGUGUGUGUUCUGUCCGUUGACAAAAUAGCCAUGACCGAGGGCUACUUGGCUUCCUAUAUGCCACGCUAUCUGCUUGGCAAAGAGGGCUUCGAGCAUCUGGAUCCCUUUGUGCCUGUCCAAGUCGGCAACUACACGGACAAGGAAUUUCUGAGCUAUAUCAAUUACUACUUGGAUCGCCACUGGAUCUCAAAGACGCAGCCGGGCUUCGAAGAGCAGCUGAAAUUUUUGAGCAAUAUGAAUCCCUACACCCUAAUGCGGCUCGUGAGAGGCCUGUAGUUCAACCAAACUGUCCUCAACAGCACUUGUUGUUAGUUUGUAAAAGUUAAUUAAAUAAAAUACAUGAUUUCGUACAAUCUGAACAA